GAGUUGGAAGUCAGAAGUCAGAUGUCAGAAGUCAAAGUCGGAAGUCAGAAGUCAGAAAUCGGAAGUAGGAAGUCGGAAGUCAGAUGUCAGAAGUCAGAAGUCGGAAGUAAGAAGUCAGAAGUCGGAAGUCACCACCGGUCUUUCAGUGUAUACAGUAAAGAUGGAUCGAUUGGACUAGUUGCAAUACAGCGAACAGUAAGAAGGCAUUUGUCGUGCAGAUGGAGACAUCUUUAACUGAAAUUGAAAGUCCACCUGGACAGACGUUUACAGGUGAAACUGACAAUACAACGGACAAAUCAAAUAAGCAAAGAUGGAAACUACAAAACGGCGCCAUUCGUAUGGCUGGCUUUUUAUUCUGGGCAAAUAUUGUUGCUUUGUUUUCGUUGACUAUCGGAUGUUUUGCCCCUGGCUGGCUAACGGUUGACAAUAAUGACUAUUCCCUAUGGCACAUCACUAAGUGCGACACCAUAUCCUUGAAUGAUAGGGAAAUUUAUCGGAUCGAUAAACUAAGACCAUGUGAAACGCUGUCCUAUCGUUUGAUAGAGGCAAUGCCAGUUGGCACCGAUAUACACACUGCUCUUGGUUACAUGGACUUCGCCCAAGCAGAGGUGUUGUACUGUGUUGGAAUGAUAUUGUCCUUUGUUACAUUGUGCGGAUGGUACAAGUUUCGUAGGAAUGUUGCGAGAGACAAAUGCGUUGAUUUAAUCAUAAGGAAGUGGGUCUUUCUUUUCAUUUUAGCGGCUUUAUCAGCCGUCUUAAUCUUUGUGCCAGUUGGUAUGUUCAGCAGGGAAAGAUCGUCCUUCGUAUCGUUUUUCUCUGGCAUAGUGUUUGCUGGAUUUGGUGGGGCGAUAAUGGCAUUGGUUGCAGCGUCCAUACUUCUUCAUCUGUUAUGCCUACCAUUUCCUAGUUGUGACAUUUGUCUUUAUACCAGUUCGGAUGAGCCUUUAGUACAAGCUUCUACGAACAUUUGACAUUGUUCUGGUGAAAAGACCACGUGUAAACUAUAUAAUUAUAUAAUUGCUGCAUAGAAAAGUUAGCGCACUGUUGGGACAUAGAGAACAUUUAUGUACAAUCUUACGUGAGAACGCUUAGUUGUCUUUUAAAUGGUGUAAUCAUUGAAAUAAUAGCUUUUGUUACUUAGUUUACAUUUUGUUAACUACAGUGUAAUUUUCAUACAUUCAUUUCUGUAAACUACAUCUUGUGCCAUAUAAAUUGUCAUGUAUGGACAGGUGCCUUUACUAUGCAUUUAGAAAGUACACCAUGUAGAGCUACACCUGACUAAUCCCCAUUAGUCAACCGUGUUAUGGAUAUGUAAAAAAAAAACAAAGAAAAAUAUCAAACAGGGAAUGCCACGCACCAAAAACGUACAUGAACACAGUCAUUUUACUCAGUUGGCCUUGUUUUAUCAAAUUUCUUCUGAUGUUAAUGUUCGCAUGAAGCAGAGGUAAAUGGCGUAAAUAUUCAUUGAUUUUCUAUGCGUGGACGAUGAAGAAGAUAUUUUGUGACUCAAAAUGGAUCAUUCUACAUGGGGAACUUAUUUGAUAAUCUUACAGUUUGUGAGAUUAAUGAUGGCCAGGUGGUCAAGUUGACUCUUUGUAACGGUUGAGAAUUGGGGUCUUUUUUGUAAAAUUAUAUCUGCUGACUUAAACAAUAUAGAUCUUAUUCAGCUUUUAUGUGUUAUGUUAAUGUGUUUAACA